AUGUUUCCUGUGUUCCCCAAUUCCAAUGAAGGGAAGUCAGUUCAACUCAGCCCUUUGUCUUUAGGGGCGCAUCUCCAAGGAGCCCAGCAAUUUCAAACCCCAUCAUCUCUUGUUUCAGACAUGAUCCAACCAGCAAAUUUUGUUCUUUCUGGAAACUGGGAAAACGCCCAAGAAUCUCUACAAAAUUGGAUGAGAAUGAAGAGCCUGAGAAACAAAGAAAAGACUUUGCUAUCCAUCGGAAAUGGGUCAGGAUCAAGCCAGUUCCCAAUUCACAGAGCUGGCAAUGUUUUGGAACCAAUGGGAUCUGCAGGCUUUGGGGUCGGACAUGGAGGGGCUGGAGACGGGCAUCAGAAGGAACUACCUCAUCAAGUCAUCAAUGGCUUCAGCAUGGUGAAUCCCUAUGAAGUGAAUGCAGAGAAACAAGCUGUUCAGGGGGCACACCCUUACCAUCAGUUCAUUAACAUGUUCAGUCCCGGAAAUGGAAGUACAGAGACUGUCAUCAACACAGCUGAUGCUGAUGCCACAGAAACAGCCGCUGCUGAGAAGAUUAGGCGCAGAAUGAUAAAGAACAGAGAAUCUGCUGCCAGGUCAAGAGCAAGGAAACUAGCUUACGAUGCUCAACAACAAAUAGAAAUUGCAAAGCUGAAGAAGGAGAAUGAGUUUCUGAGAAGGAUUAUAAGGGUUCUCUUGACUGUUAUAAAGAAGAAACGAGCACAGGUUACCAAGUUAUCAAGGACCUUCUCAGAGCCGCCAUAAAUGUUGUCGAGGAUGCUGAUCAACAUGAAAUAAUAUUUCCAGUUUCCAAUAUGUAGAUGCCGUUAGGUUAAGCUUAAGGUUGGUUGACGGUAUAACAAUAAAUAUGUAGUGUGGUGAGGACAUAUUUCAGUUAAGCAUGUGGUUACUAUGUUGAUCGUUUCUUUUUCCAUAAUCAUAAACUUGGUAUUUAUGUGUGUGCUUUCA